AUGUCCAGCAUAUUUGAGAAAGUCACAAGAACUGUGGUACACGAGCUCGUCUCUGGAGGGGAUAUGAUUGCUGUUAGAAGUGUCAUUGAUGCAGAUAGAUUCAAGUGCCACUAUCUUGUGAGAGAAAAGAAAACGAUUUUUGGAACCCAGCACUGCAUGACGGGCCUCACCCUGGAAGAUAUCCUAGAGGAGUAUGAUUCUGGGUCGGAAGGUCAAAAGUCUGAGUUCCGAAUUUUGAAUAAUGUGGCCUCAAAUGGAAAAUUUACUGUGAAAUUACCCAAAGAAAUAAAAAUUGAAGGACAAUCUGAGGUGUCUCAGGGAACCAAGGAGCAAGAAAUCAAGAUAUUAGGGGAACGGAUACCUCAGCAAGAUCUGGAGUCCCUUGUGGACAGGAAACUGAAGAGGAACCUACCUCCUUCCUUUGAGUCAAUUCGUAAAAAAAGAGAUAACUUGAAUCUGGUAACAGAAACUCUGAUGACAGCCAAUGAGGAAACCCUGAGACGGGAGAAGCAAUUUGAUUUUUGGAUCUGGUUAACUUGGUUCUUCCCUGGAUACAAGUACAAGAGUCAAAAGUCAGUAACCAUCCCCCCCAAGUGGGUCCUGGGAUAUAGAAUCAAGCCACUGGUCUUCAGCAAGGAUGAGAUGAAUAUUAGCUUCUUAGACAAAAGACAUUCUUUUCCACAAGGGAAGUCCUUGGAAAAUGAGGAUACCAGAAACAUGAAGGAAAUUGUGGAAGACAUGAAGAGUGGCCUCCGGAAUCUGACUGAGAAGGAAAAAAAAGAUGUGCUGAGCUGCCUCACUCAUUUCCUCAGCAAUGAUGGUCACCUGCAGGAACUACAGGACAGAGUGUCUGAUGCCCAGAUCUCGGGUGAGCUGCAGAUGGAUGGCCCAGCAGGUCCUCUCAUAAGAUGCCUUUUUAAUGAUGCUGGGGUUUGGAAUCAGGGAUGUGCAGAAGCCAUUCAAGACCUCUUGGACGCCCUGAUGGAGCUGCCUGAGGAGGGCCAACAAUUUGUGGUUAAAUUCAUAGAAGAAAAGGAGACUCUUCCUUUGUUGGUGGAAAAGGUGGAGAGUACCCUGAAAGAGAACCAUAGUGAAUAUUUCGAUAACCUUCAGAACAUUGAUGGUGACACUGAGGCACGGGUCUUCUGUGCCUUGUAUGUUGUUCUCUCUGGCCUGUCGCAGCUGAACGAAAAGUCUACCAAUGGCUCCUAA